UGAUAGAAGGGUUGUCUGGUUGUGUCAAGUCAAAUGUCAUUGUCAAGGUAGUUGAUUUUUGAGCUGCGUGUGUAAAAGAAAUAUGUACAACAGUGGAUUUUUAUUAAAACUCGAGUUAUAAUAACACAAUUACCCCAUUUUUGCAAGCAGUGAAGUAAUACAUUUACCGAAAUAUAAAAGUUCUACCAAAAUUGUGAUAUAAAUACAAAGAAUCUUGCAAGUAUGGCAGUUCCAAAAAGAGGUGCCUCAGUUUUUGAGGACUUAUCAAAUGUAGAGUUUGAAACUAGUGAAGAUGUCGAAGUUAUCGAGAAGUUUAAAAACAUGAACCUUAAAGAAGAACUUCUUCGUGGUAUCUUCGCAUAUGGCUUCGAAAAACCCUCAGCCAUUCAACAGAGAGCAAUAAAGCCUAUUAUGAAAGGAAGAGAUGUAAUAGCUCAGGCACAAUCUGGUACUGGUAAAACAGCUACCUUUUCCAUUUCGAUUUUACAAGCUUUAGAUUUGACAAUGCGAGAAACGCAAGUUUUAUGCUUGUCUCCUACUAGAGAAUUGGCUGUACAGAUUCAAAAAGUUAUUCUAGCUUUAGGUGACUUCAUGAAUGUUCAAUGUCAUGCUUGUAUUGGAGGCACAAAUCUUGGGGAAGAUAUUAGAAAACUUGAUUAUGGACAGCAUGUCGUUAGUGGAACACCUGGAAGAGUUUAUGAUAUGAUCAGAAGAAGAGCUCUAAGAACAAGAUCUGUAAAAAUGUUGGUUUUAGAUGAGGCUGAUGAAAUGUUAAAUAAAGGAUUCAAAGAACAAAUUUAUGAUGUCUACAGAUUCCUUCCCCCAUCAACACAAGUUGUACUCAUUUCAGCUACACUGCCUCACGAAAUUUUGGAAAUUACUUCCAAAUUUAUGACAGAUCCUAUUAGGAUUUUGGUAAAACGUGAUGAAUUGACAUUGGAGGGUAUAAAACAGUUCUUUGUGGCUGUGGAAAGGGAAGAAUGGAAAUUUGACACCCUCUGUGACCUCUACGAUACAUUAACCAUUACACAGGCUGUUAUUUUCUGCAACACAAAGAGGAAGGUAGACUGGCUGACGGAGAAAAUGAGGGAAAACAAUUUUACAGUUAGUUCAAUGCACGGAGAUAUGCCACAAAAGGAACGUGACAAUAUUAUGAAAGAGUUUAGGUCAGGACAGAGUAGGGUCCUAAUCACAACUGAUGUUUGGGCUAGAGGUAUCGACGUACAACAAGUCAGUUUGGUUAUCAAUUAUGACUUGCCGAACAAUCGUGAAUUGUACAUCCAUCGUAUCGGUAGAUCUGGUAGGUUCGGCCGAAAGGGUGUAGCCAUCAAUUUCGUAAAAUCAGACGAUAUCAGAAUUCUAAGAGAUAUCGAACAAUAUUACUCGACCCAAAUUGACGAAAUGCCAAUGAACGUUGCGGACUUAAUUUAAUUUUUUCUUAUUUAUUUUUAUACUGAUACUAUUACAUUAUCAGUAGAUACAGUUUAUCCUAAACCCUAUUUUCAGUCAUUAAUUUUGACGUCAGAUACGAUUUUAAUAAUGUCGCGAAUCACAUGCAUACAUGAAUGACAUAAAUGAAUACAUGACAUGAAUACAUAAUUUUCGAAAUUCUAUGUAUAAUAAUCACGGACGUACGUUCUUUUCUGUCACUUCGAGCUUAAUGCGUUAGAGCGAAUUACUAUGACGCACUGAAAGAAGGGUUUGGGAUAAACUGUACUUUUAUUUAUAAGGUAUUAUGUAAUGCAGAGUGUAAAAUAUUUUGUAUGUAAAUUUAAGAUUUAGAAAUGUAAAAGAAUAUUAAAAUGUUUAUGUGGA